UGGUGUCUCAUGUCCCCUCCUCUACCACACUGGUUGGCUACUGGUUGGCUACUUUCACAAUCCAUUUCGAAUGAACAGUAUGUUUUGUCAUAGGCUGCACAGCAGAAAUACAAGAGGUAUCUGGCAUAAUUUAGCUCUAAUGAUUAUGCUAACAUAACGACUAUCAUUUUCAAUACAUUUGGUCAAUAUAUUACUUGAUGAUAUAUACGCCUAUAAUCAAUAAAUCAUGACAUUUCCAAUAAUUAUGUUUAAUCUCACAGCUCAAAUGAAGACCGGAGGUAAACAAGGCUUCAGCUCACUAACCACCUUCAUCUUUUCGUAGAGUGCUGGCUCAGUCCUGACGUAAUAGCCUGGUGACAACGAGGUUACUGCAUGCUUUUAUUUUAUUAAAUGGGAGGAAACGGAGAAGGAACGGGGAAAUAAUGGACCAGUAACUCCAUCUGUGUUUCGGGCUGGAGAACAGUAGCAAGCAACAGCAACAGCCCUGUACGAGGUCUCUACCCGGUGUCUGUCAUUACAAGCUGUGGGAUGUCAUAGUCCGAGUUGCUUGGAUAUCUGAGAGACAUUGAGGAACCAGUGCCACCAUGGACUCCUGGGUGUUCCCCUCCUCGCUCCCCAACCUAACCGAAGAACCCCUGAUGUACGACAGCUUUAUUCUGGGCAACGAGUCAACGGAACCCAAUGGUACCUAUACGGGCGACAACACGUUCAACCAGACCAGCACCAUGGUCAUCACCUUCCUCUACUUCCUGGUGUGUGGUAUCGGUCUCUGUGGCAACGCCCUUGUGAUCUACGUCAUCCUGCGCUACGCCAAGAUGAAGACGGUCACGAAUAUUUACAUCAUGAAUUUGGCAGUCGCAGAUGUUCUGUUCAUGUUGGGGUUACCGUUCAUCGCCAUUCAGCUGGCGCUGGUCCACUGGCCAUUCGGUGCGGUGCUGUGCCGCGUGGUCAUGACCGUGGACUCACUCAACCAGUUCACCUCCAUCUUCUGCCUUAUGGUCAUGAGCAUCGACCGCUACCUGGCCGUUGUGCACCCCAUCCGGUCCACCAAGUGGCGCAAGCCACGUAUGGCCAAGACCAUCAACCUGGCAGUGUGGGGAGUGUCACUCCUGGUCAACCUGCCUAUCAUAAUCUACAGCGGUUUAAUCACCAAGCACAACAGUUGCUUCUGUACCAUUGUGUGGCCGGAGCCUGAGGAGGCCUACUACACCGCCUUCAUGUUCUACACCUUCGUCCUGGGUUUCUUCCUCCCGCUCAUGGUCAUCUGCCUGUGUUACCUUCUCAUCAUCAUCAAGGUGAAGUCGUCAGGGAUCCGUGUCGGGUCCACUAAGAGGAAGCGCUCGGAGAGGAAGGUGACCCGCAUGGUGUCCAUCGUUGUUGCCGUGUUCGUCUUCUGCUGGCUGCCCUUCUAUGUCUUCAAUGUGACGUCGGUGACAGGAACCAUCUCCACCACGCCCUUCCUGAGGAGCACCUUUGCCUUCGUGGUGGUCCUGGGUUACGCUAACUCGUGUGCCAACCCCAUCCUUUACGCGUUCCUGUCGGAGAACUUCAAGAAGAGCUUCCAGAACGUUCUGUGUCGGAAGAAGGUGGGCGGGCUGGAUGUGAUUGAGCGCAGCGACAGCAAGCAGGACAAGUCGCGCAUGAUGAAUGACCCCACGGAGACUCAAAGCACGCUGCUCAAUGGAGACCUGCAGACCAGCAUUUGAUGCUUGUUAAUUCUAAUGCAUCCCUUAUGUGUGAUCUAUACAGACAUCUUUGAUUUCACAUCAACUCAACCUCACAAGCUCACCACACACAAACAAAUAAACUAACAAAACGCACACACACACACACACACACACACACACACACACACACACACACACACACACACACACACACACACAGAGAGAAACAAACACAGGUGUUUCUGCAGGUGGAAUCGGUCAUCCUGACCUGUUAUCAUGCCCUAUGAACAGCUCACAUAGGGAGAGUGAUUGUAGUUGAUCUCAUGAUGUGAUAUUUUGUAAGCAUUUUCUUCUCACUGUGGACGAGAUGAAAAAAAUGCCAAAGGAACUAAGCCCUCAUGGUGUCUGCUCCUCAACGGCUGUUAUCAUGUUCUUUAUGUCUCAUAUCUCUGUUUACCAACUCUCUCUUUACUUUCUCAAAAGACAUACAAUGACAUGACAUUGGGUUUUCCUGGUCGUAAAACCCAUACAUUGUGAUAUCUUCAUAAAGGAGAGAAUACAAACUGUAGUUGUGACUGCUCUCUGGUGUUUGGGUGGAAAGCUGAAGAUGUGUACUGAGUGUAUUGACGUUGGUGGACAGUGACAGGAUCAUGUGAGGACCAGAACAGGGUUGUGUUCAUUAGGCCCCAAACGGAAGAAAAGGGACUAAAACCGGGAAGUGCUACCUGAAAUGGUCUGAUAAGAAACAUGCGUUUUCCGCCGCAGAGCAUUUUGACAUGUCCCAGACUGUUACCUACGGUUACUGAUUGACAGCAGACGAGACUUAACCAUGGAGAACAAGGAUUCCCUGCACAUAUGUUUACACUAGCAGGGUGAACCACCACCUCAAUCAGUCUUUGUCACAUUGUCCUGUAGCCAAGAUAAAUACCAGACUAGGACUUAGGAAGUAUGCCAAAGUGAGACUAGGACUAUAGCAGACUCACUGUGUGCAUAUUGUCUGUUUACAAAGAUUGUGUCCAAAAUGGUGGGCACAGAAUGUGGAAUUAGUAACAUGCCUCUAUUCUUAGAUACUGUAUUAACACAACAGUGAGCAGCAGGCCACAUCACCUCUGGAUCACUACACCAAGGUGUAGUUUGGUUAUCUAAUGACUUACUACAGAGAGAGGAGGAACAGUAGAGAUACUGGGACUACUUUGAAAUGACAUAAAAACACAUGAUAUCCCACAUGGUUAAUUUGCUGGCACAAGUCCUGCUGAGACUUAUACUGUCCAAAUAUGGACUCUGUAAAGUCGGUUUAACAUUAUGGGGCGGCAGUGUAGCCUAGUGGUUAGAGCAUUGGACUAGUAACCGAAAGGUUGCAAGUUCAAAUCCCCGAGCUGACAAGGUACAAAAUCUGUCGUUCUGCCCUUGAACAGGUAGUUAACCCACUGUUCCUAGGCCGUCAUGACUUGCCUAGUAAAAUAAAGGUAAAAAAAUCUAUAAAAAAUGGUUGACCUUAAGUGGGUUUUUUUAACCUCAGAAAGACACAUAUUUGCUGUGGACAAAUACUCAUCACUGAGUCAUGGACCUACAGCGCACAGCUGAACAGUUACAGAGUUGGAAUCACAUGACCUAAUGAUGACUGUAUGAAGUCCCCCGAUAACUAUGAAUGCACCCUUACUAUGUAAUUGAACAGUUUCUCUCUCUGUGUGUGUGUGAGAGAGUGAGUGUACACGUGUGUGUGUGUGUGUGUGUGUGUACUGUACACCGUGUUUUAUUUGAUACAACAUUCAGUCCAAGGCCAUGAUUAGUAGAAGUGUAGAAUGAGUAGAUAUUGUACCCAAUAUGGGUACCAGGUGACCUCACCAGGAAAAACUAAGGGCCCAAAUUAUAAUUAUAGCCCAGAAUGUUUCUUGGUCAGGUCACAUGACCAGUAAGGGUGCAGAGUCCUACUACAGAGAUGAAUGCUGACAUUUUGUUAUAUUGACGGUAUUAGCAUGGCAUCGACCAAGGCUAAUCACUAACCAAACUGCUGCUAGACUGUAUAGACUCCAAUGUGUGCUGUAAUUGUCAAGUCAACAUUGUCAUGUCGUGGUUGAGAAUCUUUUAAUUCAUUUUUCGUCCAAGCUGAAUAGAACUGUUUGAUAGUUUAGAUAGCAAAGACAAUGCAUUUUUCAAUCCUAUUGUCCAGUCCUAUUUGAAACCAUCCCUGGUCACGUUUCACCUCAUUCAUAAAUUGUUGCUAUUUGCCGUUAUGUUGCAGUUACAGAAUAAUGUCCAAGAAAGACCAGUCUUUGCUUCAGCAGGUAUUGAAUACUGUAGUGGUCUUCUUUGCUGUAAAUUAAGCAGCGCUAAUCUGUUUCUCCAUCAAGCAUCAUUUCUUCAAAGCCCAAAGAACAAAUCCACAGUCUGAUCAGUUACAAUUCAAAAUGGCAGUCGUCAGAAACACUGCAGGUCAUGCUACAAACACUGAUAAAUCUCUACCGCAUUGUGGAUUCAUUAUUUGAAGUAGUUACCCUUAGUUUGGCAGCUGUUUGACCUGCAUCUGACCCAUGAGUCUACUCAUCCCAGGCCACCCAUGGCACAUGGAGCAUUACCACUGGGCACACACUAGUUCAAUCAACAUUGUUUCCACGUCAUUUCAACAUGGAAUAGAAGUUGAAUUGACCUCCGUUCCCAGUGUGCCCUCGCUUUGGGAGGUCAGAGGUCACGCUGAGGCCUCCAGUCUGAGCGAUGUGAAUUUGAGAAGGGCUAGAAAACAUUGUACCCCUACAGGGGUGCAGCAGUGUUCAUUCUACUCCCCAUCAUCAUCACUCCCUAAAUCUCACAGGUAUAACCUGUGGAUGGAUCUAUGCCUAUAUGGUAGUGUGUACUAUACUGUAGAUCUAGCUAGAAGUCAGUACAAAGCCUCUUACAUAAAGGUUCACCUGACCCAAAGUGCCAUUGUCUCCAGGUGCCAUUGACGCCAUUCCAUUUGUUCCGUUCCAACCAUGAUUAUGAGCUGUUCUCCCCUCAGCAGCCUCCUAUGAUAUAAACUAUUGUAUUGGAUUGUCUUUACAUUUUGAAUACCAUCACAUUUGAUUUGCAAUUGACAGAGCAGUGGUUCCCAAUACUGUUAGGUGUGAAGGAGAGCUCAGGCUCCACAAUCUGGCUUCAACCUCCAUUAUGAGUGGCCGCUGUAUCUUUGCUUCGUGAAAAACUUUUUCAGAGCUUUUUUGACUAAUAAAAAAUCUGACCAUGGCCUUUUUUUUUCUUUGACAUUUCUCAUACUUAGACAUCAUUGGAGAUUACAAUAUUACAUGCUGUUGUUCGUUUACAACCUGCAGUGGGUAAUAUGUUAGGAUAGCAGCACAUUUUCAUCCAACCAUGGCACCCUGGCUUGGCUACAUUGUCUGUAGACCUUACAGAAUGGGGACCAUGACUACACAUCCUACAAGUGCUGACGUUAAUUGAUAUGUUAUUAGCUAUACAAAGUUUCAGGCUGUUGUAGAACCGUUGCAAAUAGCUAGCCAACAUGGCUAUUGUGAUAUAAAGGGCAACUCUAUAGCCUCCAUUCACCAUGUGUCCAUUACUAUUAUUAUUCUCAGUAGAUAGAAGUUGCUGGCUGCUAUGGAUGAUGGUUGAUUAUCUUACGGUGACCAUAUUAGGACAGGCUCCUAUCCACACUAGGACAGGUUCCUGUCCACACUAGGACACGCUCCUGUCCACACUAGGACAGGCUCCUGUCCACACUAGGACAGGCUCCUGUGCACACUAGGACAGGCUCCUGUGCACACUAGGACACGCUCCUGCCCCCACUAGGACACGCUCCUGCCCCCACUAGGACACGCUCCUGUGCACACUAGGACACGCUCCUGUGCACACUAGGACACGCUCCUGUGCACACUAGGACACGCUCCUGUCCCCACUAGGACACGCUCCUGUCCCCACUAGGACACGCUCCUGUCCCCACUAGGACACGCUCCUGUCCCCACUAGGACACGCUCCUGUCCCCACUAGGACACGCUCCUGUCCCCACUAGGACACGCUCCUGUCCACACUAGGACAGGCUCCUGUCCACACUAGGACAGGCUCCUGUCCACACUAGGACAGGCUCCUGUCCACACUAGGACAGGCUCCUGUCCACACUAGGACAGGCUCCUGUCCACACUAGGACAGGCUCCUGUCCACACUAGGACAGGCUCCUGUCCACACUAGGACAGGCUCCUGUCCACACUAGGACAGGUUCCUGUCCACACUAGGACAGGCCCCUGUCCACACUAGGACAGGCCCCUGUCCACACUAGGACAUGCCCCUGUCCACACUAGGACAUGCCCCUGUCCCCACUAGGACAUGCUCCUGUCCACACUAGGACAGGCCCCUGUCCAUACUAGGACAGCUUCCUAAUAGGACAAUGUAUCACCUACCCUCAAGCAUCACCACCAAGGGAGACAAGAUCUGACCCUGUAUCAGUGGUUAGGGACAACUUCUACCCACUCCACUCUUCUCAACUAGAGUCUGUUGCUGAAUGGUUUCAUUUGUUUGCCUCUAUACAAGGAAUUAGUAUUGCUCAGGGGCAUUCUCUCGCUCCGAUUCCAUUCUGCCAUUAUGUCAUGUUUUUGUACAAAAUCUAUAUUUAGCAUUGUUAAUAUCAUUGCUGUUCCUUAGAAAUAUUGUUCCUUUGUUUGCUCAUAAAAGUAUUGCAGUUGCA